GGGUCUGUUGGCUGUCCCUGGCCGGCACCCGUCCGUGUCUUCUGCCCGGGCCGCGCUGUGAGGUGACUCUGGGGUCCUGCCGCACCGGCAGCAUGAAGAAGGACGUGCGGAUCCUGCUGGUGGGCGAACCCCGGGUUGGGAAGACUUCGCUCAUUAUGUCGCUGGUCGGUGAGGAGUUCCCUGAGGAGGUCCCUGCCCGAGCUGAGGAAAUCACUAUCCCUGGGGAUGUUACCCCCGAGAGGGUCCCGACUCACAUUGUGGAUUACUCUGAGGCAGAGCAAACAGACGAGCAGCUGUAUCACGAGAUCUCACGGGCGAAUGUUAUCUGCAUUGUGUAUGCCGUCAACAACAAGAACUCUAUAGACAAGGUCACUAAUCACUGGAUUCCUCUAAUCAAUGAGCGGACGGACAAAGACAGCAGGGUACCGUUGAUUCUAGUGGGGAACAAAUCUGAUUUAUUGGAUUCCAGCAGCAUGGAAACGGUCCUGCCCAUUAUGAACCAAUACUCGGAGAUUGAGACCUGUGUGGAGUGUUCCGCUAAAAACUUGAAAAACAUAUCUGAGCUGUUUUAUUAUGCACAGAAAGCCGUGCUACACCCAACUGGGCCGCUCUACUGCCCUGAAGAGAAGGAGCUGAAGCCGGCUUGUAUUAAAGCUCUGACUCGCAUCUUCAAGAUAUCAGAUUUGGAUAAUGACAGGAUCCUAAAUGAUGCUGAACUCAACUUCUUCCAGAGGACCUGUUUUCACAUACCACUAGCACCACAGGCUCUAGAAGAUGUUAAGAAUGUUGUGCGCAAGAAUGUCCACGAUGGCGUGUCAAGAAAUGGGCUGACGCUGAAAGGAUUCCUGUUUUUACAUACACUUUUCAUUGAGAGGGGAAGGCACGAGACCACCUGGACCGUGCUGCGACGCUUCGGAUACGAUGAUGACCUCGAACUGACUCCAGAGUAUUUAUUUCCGCUGUUAAAAGUGCCCGUGGACUGUACGACAGAACUUAACCACCAUGCGUACCUCUUUCUUCAGAGCGUGUUUGAUAAACACGAUCAGGACAGAGACUGUGCCCUAUCUCCUGAAGAGCUCCGAGAUUUAUUCAAAGUCUUUCCUUACAUGCCAUGGGGACCUGAUGUCAACAACACGGUUUGCACCAAUGACAAGGGAUGGAUCACAUACCAGGGCUUCCUCUCCCAGUGGACAUUGACAACCUACUUGGAUGUACAGCGGUGCUUGGAAUAUCUUGGUUAUUUAGGGUAUUCUAUAUUAACAGAACAAGAGUCUCAGGCCAUGGCAGUGACAGUUACCCGAGAUAAAAAAAUUGACCUGCACAAGCGACAGACGCAGAGGAACGUGUUCCGGUGCAAUGUCAUUGGCUCAAAGGGAUGUGGGAAAAGUGGCAUUCUCCAGUCACAUUUAGGACGAAAUCUCAUGAGACAAAAACAAAUUCGAGAGGAACACAGAUCGUUCUACGCCAUCAACGCUGUGUAUGUGUAUGGCCAGGAAAAGUAUCUGCUGCUGCAUCACAUCCCCGAGUGUGAAUCCUUGUCUCCUGCUGACACCGUGUGUGAUGUCGUCUGCUUGGCCUAUGACAUAACUAAUCCCAAAUCGUUUGAAUACUGUGCCAGGAUAUUCAAGCAACACUUUAUGGACAGCAGGAUGCCUUGUCUCAUAGUGGCAGCCAAAUCUGACCUCCACGAGGUGAGGCAGGAGAGCAGCGUCUCCCCGGCAGACUUCUGCAAGAAGCACAAGAUGCCUCCGCCACAAGCCUUCACCUGCGACAUGGCCGACAGCCCGAGCCGAGACAUUUUCAUCAAAAUGACCAUGAUGGCCAUGUAUCCUCAUGCCCGGCUACGCUGUCUGUGUACCUGCAAUAGAUGCACAUUCUGCAUCUGUCAGAACCUCCUCAGCUCAGACCUGCUGCAGUCUGUAAAGGACAAACUCUUCACUGCCGUUGUGAACAGGUUGCGAGUCGGGGUAGAUGUGUUGGGAGAGUCGUUGCUGACAGACACGGGGACAAGCCUAGGACAUCAAGUCCACCCCGUUACCUACGUGGAAAGCUCCACUUUCAUGGAGUCCUCUUCCCAGCGUCCUGAAGACCCUACCAGGCACAUGUCGCAGGCGGAGCUGAAAAGUUCCACGUUCUGGCUGCGGGCGAGUUUUGGGGCCACCAUCUUCGCCGUUCUGGGGUUUGCGAUGUACAAGGCUCUCCUGAAGCAGCGAUGAUCCCGAUGGAGCUGCCGUCCCGUCAGAUCCCCGCCA